AUGGUGAUUGAAACGAGGCGGAGAAACGAGGCGGAGGAGGGGAGCGGAGCGGAGGGGGGAGCGGCGGACGAAGUCGUGGGGGAGGACCCAUGCGGCAGUCCCGUUCUGGGCGUGCAGGGGCGCGCGGAGGAGGCGGCGUGGGCGGAGGAGUCGGCGGAGAGCGUGGGGGCGCGUAGUGGCGGGGAGGUGUCCGCGAGGGCGGGAAGCGGCAAGAAGGGCAGUCUGGCGCGGAGCCUGACGGAGGACGAGGAGGCGCGCGACGAAGCGCCGGCUGAGCGGCCGCGCGGGAAGUCGAAGGCGCAGGCGAGUCCCAAGGCGAGCCCGAAAGGGCCGAGCGGGCGACGGCUUGCGCGGCCGAUGGAGGAGGACGAGGGCGCGGAGGACUUGGGCGGAGCGGCGAAGGCAAUGACGGGCGGGCGGGGGAAGGCGGCAGCGGAGGCGAGGGGCGCAGGGAAGGGGCGAGUGAAACCGCGCAGCAUGGAGGCGGACGAGGGGGGUGGCGAGGGCGAGUGUCAAGGGCGCUCCAGCGAGAGAACGGUGAGGGGGGAAGACGCAAAGGGCUUGGGCGCAGGCUGUGCGAAGCGGGGUAGCCUGGCGCGGAGCCUGCGGGACGACGACGAGGAGAAGGCGCGCGCGGUGGGGAAGGCGGGAGGCAGUCUUGUGAGGUGCCUGUCGGACGAUGAGGAGGAAGACGCACAUGCGGUAGAGGCGAACAAGGCUAAGGGGCGCGUGAGGGGUGCAGAGAGCGAGCAGCGCAGCGCGGCCGGCGGAGCGAAGCAGAAGGCGGCGAAUGGGAUCUCAGGCAGGAAAGGCGGCUCGCUGGCGCGGAGCAUGACGGAGGAUGAGGAUGACGAUGCGCCUUCCCCACCGCGUGCAGGCCGCGGGGGAGGAAAAGGCGGACGGGGCGUGCAGAGAUUCGCCAUCGCCCUCAUCGACCUCUCCACUCCAUUUUGCAUUCCUCCUCGAGGAGACACUCUUAACACCACUCCGCCCUCUGCCAUGGAUCAUCAGCUCUACCAGUAG